AUGGCCACGGACAGAAUCGGCCGGUCAAGCCUGUGGACAACGGUCAAGCAUGUGGAUAACGGCCUUGAACCUGAGUCGUGGCUGUUCUUCCCAUUCCACCGGUGGUACCUCUACUUCUUUGAGAGGAUCUGCGCGCGGCUGCUCGACGACGACACCUUCGCCCUGCCCUUCUGGAACUGGGACGACCCCUCCGGCAUGGAGAUCCCGGCGCCAUUCGACGUCCCCGGGUCACCGCUGCACGAUCGGCGCCGCAACCAGACCCACCUCCCCCCUGCGGUGGCGGAUCUGAACUGGGACGGCUCCCCGACAGGUCUUUCGCCGGAAAAGCAGAGGUACUACAAUCUAAGCGUGAUGUACAAGCAGAUGGUCACCAACGGCGUUACUCCCAGGCUUUUCAUGGGCCAGCCGUUCAAAGCCGGAGACGACAUCAACUCGUUAAACGGAGCCGGUUCGAUAGAGACGGCCCCUCACAACACGCUUCACGUCUGGACUGGAGACCCGAGGGAGCCAAACGUAGAAAACAUGGGUGUGUUUUACUCCGCGGCCCGGGACCCGAUCUUCUACACGCACCACGCGAACAUAGACCGAUUGUGGACCAUAUGGGCCGAAAAAUUGGGCGGGAAAGUGUUCACCGACCCCGAUUGGUUAGAAACAUCAUUCGUAUUCUACAACGAGGACAAAAAACCCGUUCGAGUGAAGAUAAAGGAUUGCCUCAAUUUUUCGAGGCUCGGCUAUGCCUACCAAGAAAUCGAGACCCCGUGGCUCAAUGCAAAACCCAAACCCCGCACGCGUAGAAAAAGCGAGGGUAGAGUUAGGUCGUCUGGUGAUGUCAUUACUGACGAUCGGGAUUUCCCAAGGAAACUAAACGAGUCCCUAAACAUUGUCGUUAAACGAGAACCAUUAAGGAAAGUGAGUAGUAGUGGAAAGAAGAAUAUUAAUGAAAAUGAGGAAGAGGUUUUGGUUAUAGAGAUCGCUGAGUACGAUAUCGCUCGACACGUGAAGUUCGACGUGUACGUGAACGAAGAUGACGUGGAGUCUUGCAUGCCGGAUAACACAGAGUUUUUGGGGAGCUUCGUGAGCGUGCCGCGCGGGGUUCACGAUGAUGAUGAUGUCGUCGUGACGUCGGCAAGAGGGGCACAAAGAUUCGGGUUGUCGAAUGUGGUGGCGGAGUUGGGUGUGAAGGAGGACGAUGUUUUGAUGGUGACGUUGGUGCCGAGGAGGGGUUGCGCGGGGUUGGCGGUGGGUGAUGUGAGGAUCGAGUUCGAUGCAAGUGGUCCGUAG